GAAGCAAGUCUUUAUAAGUAGAAGUCAUCCAAGUCCCCAGGACUCCCUCUUGAGACACGACACGAUCAGAAACCGAUUUCCACAAAAUAAACUCUGUGAAAAAUCAUAUCAAAAAGAAAAUUUUUCUAUUCAAUUCAACAAUAUCUACCAUCAGCUUAACAGCUUAAUUAAAUUUUUUUUUUUCCACCAACACUUUAUUAAUAAUAUAAAAAAUAAAAAAAAAAAAUUAUUUGUGCAAUUAAGCUGAAAUAAAUUGCAUUUAAAUUUUCAAUGAUUUGAAAAAGAUAAAAAGUUUCACUCAAAAAAAAAAAAACAAAAUGAUUUCAAAGGGAGGUGAUAAUGUCCUGAGACAUAAAAAAUUCAUCGUGAGCUGUUUAAUACUUGCAGUGUUUUUAGAAUCAAAUAAUUAUGUUUAUGGAAUACAACAUCAACACAGACAGUCAAAUGAUUAUCAGUGUCAAGAAGAAGGUUUUCAUGCUGAUCCAGUUAAUUGUAAUGUUUAUUAUAGAUGUGUUAAUUGGGGUGAUAAUAGUCGUUUAAGUAAAUUUAAAUUUGAAUGUGGUCCUGGUACAGUUUAUUCUGAAAGUAAAGGAUAUAUUUGUGUUCAUCCACGUGAUAGUGAAAGACCAGAGUGUAAUGAAUUGACAAAUGAUCUUGAUUCAAGUUUACAUUAUGAUCAAUCAAUUAAUAGACAAACUACAAUGUCUUCAUCAUCAUCAUGGACAUAUGGAUCACCAUUACCAAGUACUUUAUCACCUCAAAUUACAACAUCUUCAUUGCCAAAUGGACAUAAAAAACCAACGAAAAAUAAUUACAAUAAUAAUGGAUAUCCUUCAUCAAAUAAUUAUCCAGGAAUGGCAAAUGACAAGCCAUUAAACAAUAGACCACAUGGAUCAUCACCACCAUCAUCUGCCAGUGGAUCAAAAGAAUGUCAAGAGGAAGGUUUUAAACCUCAUCCCAAGGACUGUAAUAAAUUUAUAAGAUGUGUCAGUAAUGGUAAUUCAUAUCAACAAUAUGAAUUUACAUGUGGUGAAGGAACUGUUUGGGAUCCUUCAGCAAAUGCAUGUAAUCAUGCAUGGGCAGUUAAUAGAGAAGGCUGUGGUAGUGCUGGAUCAUCGCAAAAUGGUAAUUAUCCAACUGAAAAUAAAUAUGAUGGUGAUAAUGAUAAUAGAAAUAAUCAAAAUGGAUAUCCAGGUCAAAAUUCAGGAUCAAAUGAUAAUAUAAAUGAUAAUAAUAAUGAGGUAAAUGAUCCAGAAAAUGGUUCAAACGAUGCAGCAAGUAAUGGUCAAAGUGGUCAUCCAGGUAGUGGCCCAGGGGUGGAAGAGAAUGAACAUGAACAUCAAGGAACAGUUGAUGAAGUGCCAAAACCUCCGGGUGGUCUUUAUCCACCACCUGAAAAUCCACAAGAGCCUGGUGAAGAAAAUAAUAUUCCAUCUAGUCCACCUGGUUAUCCAUCUCAACCAUCGUACCCAUCACAAACUUUUCCACCGAAUGAAAUAGAAAAUUCUUCUCAGCCAACACAACCAACAGAGCCAUCAAAUGAAAUGGAAAAUUCUUCUCAGCCAAUACAACCAACAGAGCCAUCAAAUGAAAUUGAUAAACCUUCUCAGCCAAUUGAUAAACCAUCAUCAGGAUCUUUAGGACCUGCAGGAAGUUGCUCAGAAGAAGGCUUUGUCUCUGAUCCUAACGAUUGUCAUAAAUUUUAUCGUUGUGUUCAAGGCGAGGGUUCAUCAUUAACAAAAUAUGAAUUUACUUGUGGUGAAGGAACAGCAUGGGAUCAAGGUCUUUUAACUUGUAAUUAUGAAAGUUCUGUUUCAAGUUGUAAAGGAGGAUCAAAUGAUGAAGGAUCAAAACCUGUAGAUAAUAAUGUCUCUACAACAGUUUCAACUGAUAUUACAUCAACAGAUAUUGCCUCUAAUCCCAGUCAAACUGAAGAAUCUUCUAUGACUGAUAAAAAUGAAUCUACAACACAAUUAACAUCAACAGAUUCAUCUGAUAUUUCUGGAGCUAGUGGAGUUGGUCCAAAUCAAGAUAAUGGAAUACCUCCUGAACAAGCUGGUGGUUAUCCUAUGCCUGGUGCACCGAGUGAUGCAUCAACGACUAUAAUGCCAUCAGAAGAAAACACGUCAUCUGAUAAUUCAUCACCUGAUACUGGUUCAAGUACUUCAACAGGUUCAACUGUACCAGAUGAUAGUCAAAAUGAAAUAUCUUCAAUGACUACACCUGAAUCUUCUCAUGCUUCUACAGACAUGUCUGGUUCAUGUACGGAAGAAGGCUUUUUCAGUGAUCCACAGGAUUGUCAUAAAUUCAUACGAUGUGUAUCCAGUGGUAAAAAGAGCUUUAUCAAGUAUUCCUUUACAUGUGGAGAAGGAACUGCUUGGGAUCAAAAUCUCCAGACAUGUAACUAUGAGGCUUCUGUUGAAAGUUGUGGUGGACAAUCUAGUAAACCAAUGAAUGAAGUAGACAGCUCAACACCAGAAACAGAAAAGCCAACAGAAAAGCCACCAAGUGAUAGUUCAAGUUCAGAAAUGCCAGAAUCAUCAAGCUCAGAAGCACCAAAUGAAUCUACAACUGAAGUAUCAUCAGUAUCAAGUUCUGAAGAUACAAAUAAUUCUGAUGCUACAACUGAAAGUGAGCCAAGUUCAACUACACCUGAUGAAUCUACAACUGAAGUAACAGUAUCAAGUUCUGAAGAUACAAAUAAUUCUGAUGUUACAACUGGAAGUGAGCCAAGUACAACUGCAUCUAGUGAAACACCAGAAGAAACACCAAGUUAUGAAACUGGCCAGAGUCCAGAUUCAGAAAGUCCAAGUACAACUCAGGCAGUUGAGUCUUCAAGUGAAGCAACAACUUCAACAGAAAAUAAUGUCGAUGAUAAUUCAGAAUCUCCAAGUACUACUCAACAAACUGAAGAACAAACUUCUGUAUCUUCUUCAACAACAACAACAACAACAACAACAACAACUGAAAAUUCAAAUGUUGAUAAUGAUACUUCAUCAAUAACACCUGCAGGAAGUUCAGAAUCUUCUGAAAAUACACCAUCAACAACUCCAAGUAUGAAACCAGUACCAUCUAAUAAUUCUGGCAAAUGUACAGAAGAAGGAUUCCAUCCAAAUCCUUCAAAUUGUCGUAAAUUUAUAAGAUGUGUUGGGGUAAAUAAAGGUUUUAUUAAAUAUGACUUUGACUGUGGACCUGGAACUGCUUGGGAUCAAUCUCUAUUGACAUGUAAUUAUAUUGAUCAAGUAGAAUCUUGUAAAUCAAGUGGAAAUCCAUCUGAUUCAGGAAAUGAAAAACCAACUAGUUCUGAUGGCCAAAAACCAGGUGAUUCUGGUGACACAAAUAAACCUGGAUCAAAUGAAGAUAAUAAAGAAAAUACCACUACUGAAAAUUCUUCAGUAUCAACAACACCAACAUCAAAUGAUUCUUCUGAUUGUUCAAAUAAAAAACCCAAUAAUACAAUUGUUUGUAAUAAAGCAGGUUUUUAUCCACAUCCAACAAAUUGUGCUAAAUUUUAUCGUUGUGUUGAUAAUGGUAAUGGUUUUAAUGUUUAUUACUUUGAUUGUCCACCUGGUACUAAUUUUGAUCCAAGUAUCAGUGUUUGUAAUUAUCCAGAGUCAAUUUAUCCUGCUAGAGAUUGUAGUGGUUCAUCAGAUAGUGGUACUACACCAUCAAGUGUAUCAAAACCAACAACUCAAGAAUCAUCAUCUAGCAGUACUACAGAUAGUUUAUCAUCUACCACUCAAAAAGAAGAAAUAAGUACAGAUAAUACAGAAACAGGAGGAGAAACAACAACUCAAGGUGGAGAAAUUACAACUGUAGGUGGAGAUGUUACGACUCAAGGUGGAGAAAUGACGACUGAUGGUGGAGACAUGACAACUGAAGGCCCAGAUGUUACAACUCAAGGUGAAGAAAUGACGACUUUAAGUGGAGACAUGACGACUGAAGGUGGAGAUGUUACAACUCAAGGUGAAGAAAUGACGACUCAAAGUGAAGAUGUUACGACUCAAAGUGGAGAAAUUACGACUCAAAGUGGAGAAGUUACGACUCAAGGAGAUGAAGGUGGAUAUAUUACACCUGACGAUGGAAUAACAACAACAACAGAAACUAAAGAACCAGGACCAAGUACAGAAGGUGCUACUGAAAGUUCUGACGACAUGACGACAACUGAAAGUUCUGAUGACACGCCGAUAACUGAAAGUCCCCCAGUUCCAAUAACUAAACCAUCUGAAGAAACAACUCCAGGUGAACCAGAAGAAACAACAAAAACAGAAACAUCAACAAUGGCUGCUGGACCCCUAGAUGCUACACCAUGUCCAAUUGGAAAUUUAACAGAUGAACAAAUUGUAUUAAAAUGUCCAACUGGAUUUGCUCGUCAUCCAAAACAUUGCUCAUUAUUUUAUCAAUGCACAACGGAAAGCAAUAUGGAAAUAAAAAUUUUAAUUCUACGCUGUCCUGAUAAUACAACAUUUGAUGAGAAACAAAUUAAAUGUCUUCCUGAAGAAGAAACAGAUGAAAAAUGCACAACGACAAAACAUUCUGAAAGAUUAUUCAGGCGAUUAGCUAAAACAUCAAUUGAUCCAAUAAAAGUAUCAACAGCAAGCUUGUGCCCAGAUGAAGGUCAUUAUCCUUAUCAAAAAGGCUGUAGCAAUGCAUUUUAUAAAUGUAAAAGAGACUCGAGAAAUUCCCUUCAAGGAUAUUUAUACAAAUGCCCACAAGAUUAUGUUUACUGGUCUGUCUCAAGACGAUGUGAACGUGCCAAUCGUUUGCCUGUAUGUUCACAAGCUGACUAUGAUGACAACCAACAAAUAAAUUCAUGGCAAAAUAGAACUGGAAUACCCAUUGAAGAUUUUAAUUUAUCAGCAAGAAUGAUUUCUAUUUAAGAUAAUUAUUCAUAAAAAAAAAAAACAAUAUGACGACAAAUUAUUAAUUAAAAAU